CGCAAUGUCUGUCUCGUCCAGGAUUGCAUUUUGUGGAUCUAUUCGGCUGAUUUCCUCAAAAGCCUAUGCUCAGGGAUAUUAUCCCCCAAAUAAAGGAUUAGCGGAUCUGGAUACUUUUGCGCGCAGACACUUGGGUCCCAAGCCCCAAGAUGUUGAUCAGAUGCUUUCUGUGGUGAAAUGUUCCGACCUUGGUGAAUUUAUCCGCAAGGUUCUUCCGGAAAACGUUUUUGUCGGAAGACCUCUCAAGAUCAAGCCUGAACAGGGAUAUACUGAGACCCAGAUGCUAAACCGAUUGAGGGAAAUUGCGUCCAAGAACAAGUUGGUCAAAUCCUACAUUGGAAAGGGUUAUUAUAACACUAUCCUUCCUUCUGUGAUCCAGCGGAAUCUGCUUGAAAACCCCGCUUGGUACACAUCCUACACUCCUUAUCAGCCCGAGGUUUCGCAAGGACGGCUCGAGAGUCUUUUAAAUUAUCAGACCAUUGUUUCGGACCUCACUGGACUUCCAGUGGCAAACUCAUCUCUUCUUGAUGAGGCUACUGCAGCUGCGGAAGCCAUGAUUUUGUCCUACAACCAAUUGCGUGGAAAGAAAACCAAAUACUUUGUUGAUAAGAACACUCAUGAGCAAACCAUAGCCGUCUUGAAAACUAGAGCCUACACUUUGGGAAUUGAGCUUAUAAUUGAUGACCUGGGUAACGUUGAACCUGUCGCAGGUGAGCUAUGUGGUGUAUUAGUCUCUUAUCCUCAAACAGAUGGUACCAUCCCUUUUCCAGAAGAUCUAGCCCAUAUCGCCGAAAUUGUGCAUAACAAUAAAGGUUUGGUUGCAGUGGCCUCUGAUCUAAUGGCUUUGACUCUUCUCAAGCCUCCAUCUGAAUUUGGUGCUGAUAUCGCUUUGGGAUCCUCGCAAAGAUUUGGCGUUCCUAUGGGUUUUGGAGGCCCUCAUGCGGCAUUUUUUGCUGUCACUGAAAAAUUGCAAAGGAAGAUUCCAGGAAGACUAGUGGGCGUCACAAAAGACAGGCUCGGUAAUCAUGCCCUUCGUUUGGCACUUCAAACUCGUGAGCAGCACAUCAAAAGAGAAAAGGCUACUUCAAACAUCUGCACUGCUCAGGCUCUACUCGCCAACAUUGCAGCCAACUACGUGGUUUAUCAUGGUUCCGAUGGUUUGAAGGCAAUUGCUACUCGGAUUCACGGUCUUACACGCAUUCUUGCCGACCAAAUCACCAAUCAUUCUCCGCAUACCGUUCUCAAUACCACUUACUUUGAUACGCUCUCCGUUCAAGUUGAGGGUACUGCAGAUGCGUUCGUUGCCAAGGCCUUAAAAGAGUACAACAUUAACUUAUUCAAAGUCAACGAGAAGCAGAUCCAGUUGUCUCUUGAUGAGUCUGUCACCGAAGACGACCUUUCCAGGCUCGUAGAAUUGUUUACUUCACAAACGACUAGUUUCGACAGCCUUCAAGCUCUUCCUGAAUUCCCUCGCCAGCUCUCUAGAACGGACAGGAUUCUCACCAACCCUGUCUUCAACACGCACAAUUCGGAAACAGCUAUGUUGCGGUAUCUAUACAAGCUACAGCAAAGAGAUAUCUCUCUUGCAUCUUCCAUGAUCUCUCUUGGCUCCUGUACCAUGAAGUUGAAUGCCACAACGGAAAUGAUUCCAAUCACGUGGCCUGAAUUUGCAAAUGUUCAUCCCUUUGUGCCUAGAGACCAGGCCAAAGGCUAUUUGGAAUUGAUCACAGAGCUUGAAGCUGAUCUAGCGGAUAUCACUGGGUUUGCUAAAACAACCCUCAUGCCUAAUUCGGGUGCACAGGGAGAGUACACUGGUCUUACCGUCAUCAGAGCUUAUCUAGAGAGCAUUGGCCAGGGCCACAGGAAUGUGGUCUUGAUUCCGGUGAGUGCCCACGGAACAAACCCAGCCUCCGCUGCUAUGGCAGGCCUCAAGGUGGUUCCAGUCAAAUGCCUAAGCAACGGAAAUCUUGAUAUACAGGAUCUCGAAGCUAAAACCACCAAGUACGCUUCCAAUCUUGCUGCUAUUAUGAUCACAUACCCAUCGACAUAUGGUAUGUUCGAGCCUACAAUCAGGGAUGCUGUCCGGCUCGUUCAUGCUCAUGGAGGCCAGGUUUAUCUUGAUGGCGCGAACAUGAAUGCUCAAGUGGGAUUGACAUCCCCGGGAGACUUGGGAGCCGACGUCUGUCAUUUGAAUUUGCAUAAGACUUUCGCUAUACCUCAUGGUGGGGGUGGUCCAGGUGUUGGACCUAUUUGUGUUGCAGAGCACUUGAAGGACUUCCUUCCAAAACAUCCUCUGUUUGCGUCCACCAACACUGCAUCGACUGCAAUUAACCCUGUUUCAGCUGCGCCAUUUGGCUCUGCCUCGAUUUUGCCCAUUUCCUACGCUUACAUUAAGAUGCUUGGAGCCCAAAACCUGCCUUACGCAUCUAGUUUGGCUAUUCUGAACGCCAAUUAUAUGAUGUACAGACUUCGCGACCACUACAAGAUCAUGUUCUUGGGUGAUGAAUCCGCACAUCAUGAGAUAAAAUACUGCGCGCACGAGUUUAUCAUUGAUUUGAGGCCAUUCAAGGAAUUUGGAAUCGAGGCCAUCGAUGUUGCCAAGCGUCUUCAGGAUUAUGGCUUCCAUGCUCCAACUAUGUCCUUCCCUAUCCCAGGAACUUUGAUGAUCGAGCCUACUGAGUCUGAGAACCUAGACGAGCUCAAUAGAUUCAUCGACUCGAUGAUCUCAAUACGUAAAGAGAUCGAGGAUGUCAAAAAUGGUGGCAGCGCCGCUCUACUAAAAAAUGCUCCUCAUUCGCUUAGAGACUUGCUGGAGACCAAUGAAAAAGAAUGGCAAACUAGAGGAUAUUCAAGACAGCAAGCUGGCUUUCCACUGCCAUUCUUGAAAGACUUCAAGACCUGGCCUUUCGUUACACGUGUCGAUGACACUUAUGGAGAUAUCAAUUUGAUGUGCACCUGUCCUUCAGUUGAGGAGGUUGCACAACAAUAAGAUUCAAUAGGUUUUUGAAUAAUAAAUAAUGGAAGAUCCAAAUAAAUAGUUUCACAUAAUCAUCUGUCAACCUCUCCGAAAACGAGAUCCAUUGUUCCAAUGAUGGCCACGGCGUCGGGUAGCAAGUGGCCCCUAGAAAUAUGAUCGAAAGCAGCCAAAUGAGAGAAUCCUGGAGCACGAAUUUUGCAUCUGUAUGGUCUCUCUGAUCCGUCACUCACGACAUACACUCCCAUUUCGCCCUUCGGCGCCUCGAUAACUGUAUACGUCUCACCUGGGGGAACUUGGUAACCUUUAGUGAACACCAAGAAGUGAUGGAUUAAAGCUUCCAUGUCAGUUUUCAUCAACGACUUGGCUGGAGGGGCAAUUUUGAAAUCCUCAACCUUCACAGGACCUGCUGGCAUAUCGUUGAUGCAUUGUUCGAUGAUUCUUAGCGACUGUCUAAACUCAGCCAUUCUUAUCAAGUAUCUAUCGUAGCAAUCUCCUCUUGUCCCAACAGGGAUAUCGAAAUCCACAUACUCAUAGGCAUCGUACGGCUGUGACUUUCUGAUGUCGAAUGGAACGCCCGAUCCUCUAAGCAUGACACCCGAUAGACCAUAAUUCAAUGCGUCUUCUGCCGUCACCGUUCCAAUAUCAACCGUUCUUUGUUUCCAGAUACGAUUGUCGCUAAGGAGCUCCUCUGUUUCAUCAAUACGGUCUCCAAAUUGCGUAGCCCACAUGUAUAUAUCAUCCAGUAAGCCAAAUGGAAGAUCUUGCGACACCCCGCCUGGUCUCACGUAGGCAGCGUGCAACCGGGCCCCUGAAACUCGCUCAUAAAAUUCCAUCAAUUUCUCUCUUUCCUCAAAUCCCCACAGAAAGGGCGUCAGCGCUCCCACAUCCAUAGCAUGCGAUAGAACGGACAUGAGAUGGUUCAGAAUUCGGGUAAUUUCUCCAAACAUGGUUCUAAUAUACUUUGCUCUAAUCGGCACCUCAAUAUUAAGUAGUUUCUCCACAGCAAGGGAAAAAACCUGCUCGUUGGUCAUCAUAGAGACAUAGUCGAGUCUAUCAAAAUACGGUAAUGCCUGAAUAUACGUUUUCGAUUCGAUCAGUUUUUCCGUUCCUCUGUGCAAAAGGCCAACGUGUGGAUCUGACCGAACAAUUUCUUCACCAUGUAGCUCAAGAAUCAGUCGCAGCACUCCGUGUGCUGCAGGGUGCUGCGGUCCAAAGUUCAAGGUAAAAUGUCUAAUCUUGUUUUUACGAACAGGAAAGUCCGGGGAAUCUUCGUUGUAAAGAUUCCAAGUAUCCCAGUCUUUCGAUUCAUUGAUAAACUGUUCAUAGUUACCCAUUGCAGAACUUAUUUUAAUAUUGAAAGUUGACGCUAGCUCUGGUUCAUCCGGAUCACCUUCUCCUGGUCGAUUGCCUCUUUUCCUAAUCUGAUAGAAAUCGUUAUCAUCUGCCUUUUGGCUACCAGUUCCUCCAGUGCCCUGUCUACGAUAUGCAGUGACAGAAAAAUUCCUUGAGUGGACUCCUAUGGAGCUCCAGGCUGCAACCCUCCAACCCUGUCUGAGUCCAAAAC